AGCUUCGCUUCACACUGCUUCACAAUCACAACUCACAACUCACAACCACUGCCACCCAAUCGCACUCUCUGUUUCACCUCAUGACGACGCCGUUUCGACCACCCACCACCUCAGCGCCGCCCAAGCUUCAGAUCCCCACCUUCCACGGCUUGAGCUCUGCAUCCGCCUCUUCCUCUUCCAUCUCUCGCAAUGCCCUCACGCUUCCGCCAUCCACUCGCUCUCUCUCCCUCUCCCUCAUACGCGCCGUUUCCACGCCUGCGAAGGCUGAAACUGCCACUGAGAAGCGCAGCAAAGUCGAAAUAUUCAAAGAGCAAAGCAAUUUCAUAAGGUAUCCUCUGAAUGAGGACAUGUUGACGGAUGCGCCUAACAUAAGUGAAGCUGCCACUCAGUUGAUUAAGUUUCACGGUAGCUACCAGCAGUACAAUAGAGAAGAUCGUGGUUCCAGAAACUACUCCUUCAUGAUACGGACCAAGAACCCUUGUGGCAAGGUUUCAAACCAGCUUUACCUCACCAUGGAUGACCUUGCUGACCAGUUUGGGAUUGGGACGCUUCGCUUGACCACCAGACAGACGUUUCAGCUCCAUGGUGUUCUCAAGAAGGACCUUAAGACUGUCAUGGCUACUAUUAUUAGAAACAUGGGCUCAACUCUUGGUGCUUGUGGUGACCUCAACAGGAAUGUGCUUGCUCCUGCUGCUCCCCUUGUGAGGAAAGAUUACCUCUUUGCUCAACAGACUGCGGAGAACAUUGCGGCGCUGCUCACUCCGCAGUCUGGUUUCUACUACGAUAUUUGGGUAGAUGGGGAGAAGUUUUUGACAUCAGAACCACCUGAAGUGGUUCGCGCACGAAAUGACAAUUCUCAUGGGACAAACUUCCCGGAUUCCCCCGAGCCCAUCUAUGGAACUCAGUUCUUGCCAAGGAAAUUCAAGAUUGCUGUCACUGUGCCAACUGAUAACUCGGUGGAUAUUCUCACAAAUGAUAUUGGUGUUGUUGUUGUUACUGAUGAUGAUGGGGAGCCUAAAGGGUUCAACAUAUAUGUUGGUGGUGGGAUGGGAAGAACUCAUAGGUUGGAAACCACUUUUCCUCGCUUGGCUGAACCCUUAGGUUAUGUACCAAAGGAGGAUAUUCUAUAUGCAGUGAAAGCAAUUGUUGUUACACAACGAGAAAAUGGGAGAAGAGAUGACCGCAAGUAUAGUAGAUUGAAAUAUUUGAUCAGCUCUUGGGGAAUUGAAAAGUUUAGAAGUGUGGUUGAGCAAUAUUAUGGCAAGAAAUUUGAACCUUUCCGUGAGUUGCCAGAAUGGGAAUUCAAAAGUUAUCUUGGGUGGCAUGAGCAGGGUGAUGGCAAAUUGUUUUAUGGGCUUCAUGUUGAUAAUGGUCGUAUUGGUGGAAAUAUGAAAAAGACAUUGAGGGAGGUCAUUGAGAAGUAUAAUUUGAAUGUAAGAAUCACACCUAAUCAGAAUAUUAUCUUGACUGAUGUUCGUGCUGCAUGGAAGCGUCCCAUUACUACCACUCUUGCUCAGGCUGGUCUGCUGCAACCUAGAUUUGUAGAUCCCCUCAACAUAACUGCUAUGGCAUGCCCUGCUUUCCCAUUAUGUCCACUGGCAAUUACUGAAGCUGAACGGGGGAUACCUAACAUUCUUAAGCGGAUUCGUGCUGUUUUUGAUAAGGUUGGUCUGAAGUAUAAUGAGUCGGUAGUUGUAAGGAUAACUGGCUGCCCUAAUGGUUGUGCUAGACCAUACAUGGCAGAACUUGGACUAGUUGGUGAUGGCCCAAAUAGCUAUCAGCUUUGGCUUGGAGGAAACAAGAAACAAACAUCAUUAGCUCGAACUUUCAUGGACAAGGUGAAGCUUCAUGACCUUGAAAAAGUUUUGGAGCCUUUGUUUUAUUAUUGGAAGCAACGGCGUCAAUCUAAAGAAUCAUUUGGCGACUUCACAAAUAGAAUGGGAUUUGAGAAGCUUAAAGAACUUGUUGAGAAAUGGGAGGGUCCAGUGGUAGCACCAGCACGCCACAACCUCAAACUUUUUGCUGACAAGGAGACAUACGAAGCAAUGGAUGAAUUAGCAAAGCUUCAAAACAAGAGUGCUCAUCAGUUGGCCAUGGAAGUUAUCCGCAGCUAUGUUGCUUCCAACCAAAAUGGAAAAGGUGAAUGAUUUCAGUUACUUAGCCAAGGAAGAUGUAUGUGAUGUUGCUUUGUGGUUGACAGCAAUGGUGGAUAGGCAACUGAAACUCUCUGUUGUUACUGUGUGGUAACUGUGGGGAUAGACUAAACUAAUAUUUGGGCUAUUUAUAAAUGUUUAUCUGAAACGGCUUUCAGCUAGAAUCUUUUGGUUCAUCAUUUUGAUCGAGUUUCUGAACACAAAAUAAGCCUUUCUAUCAUUUCUGCACCAAAUUUUGGGUGUUAGACAGCUUGGUUUUUCUUCACAAUAAUCUUGUUAGGUUAGAUCUUUUUUCGAUUUUGUGCUUGCUCCAAUAAAGUUCAUCAAUCAGGAUUUGUAAAUUGCAAUCAUGUGGUUAGUGUUUAAUUACAGAAUUCGGUGUGGAACCAUAUGUAUGUGUCACCUGUUCAGCUAUUAUUAUGAUUAUAGCGAA